UCCUACUUUUUCAGCAACUGUUGCUGAAGUCAACUCGGAGUUUGGCUCUCUGUAAUAGGUAUACAAAGUCACAAAGUGAUACAAAUGGGAAAUAUCAGUAGCAGUCAGUAGCAAACAAGCAAGUAGCAGUAGCAGUGGCAGUCAGUAGUGAACGGUAGUGACCAGUACUGAUCGGUACUGAUCACAGCUGAUCAGGUUAGAUCAGAUCACUAUCGUUUAUUAUCACCACAAAAACUCGGAGUCCUAACCUAACAUUUUAGGGCUCGUACCCAGACGAGAUACUGGCCAAAAGUUUUACCAACAUAAAUCAUAAUGAAGCUCACACAAGUGUUGUGUAAACAAAACUUAGGUAGAAUGACACGAUUUAUCUGGCAAGUACAGCGAAAUAGACCUGUACAAUUGACAAAAGCAGAACAAAUUUUAGCAUCUAUGGGUUUCUCUGUACAAGAUGCUUUGGAAGUAGUAAAACCACCCAAACCUUGCAGCGAAUUUGAUCUGCCACCCAUACCACUACACCCUGAUUUUAAGAAAGAAAUCUGUUUAACAUAUAAAGAUACUAAUCUUUUACAAGAAGGUGAAUCGCAAGCAUGUUUAUUGACAAAAACAGUAAAGGUUGACGAUGAAAUUCCAGAAAAAGUAAAAGCUUUGAUUACUGAUAUUCCAGAACAUGUUGAUAACUUAGUAAAAAGAAUUACUUAUACGUCAAGUAUAUUUGAUUCCCAACAAGUAAAAUUACCAAAAUUGAAAGACCCUAAUAGACCUAGUUGGGUAUUUCCUAGACGAUACGGUAUAACAAGCACAAGAAAAAUGCAUAAUUUGUCAAGAAAAUUUUUACUUCUUUGUGAAUCAUUAUGUGAUCCAAGAAUUGCACAAAAUAGAUCAAUGGUGUUCGAUGAAGUUCUGGCAACAUGUAUAGAAAAAGAAUCGGAUCUUUUACAGUUUUCCUUAAAAAUGGAUCUAAUAAUGACAUCUUUGAUGCCUUUAUCACCAAUAGCAGAUGCAAAUGUAGAUAAUGGACUUGAUCUACCUGAUAUUUACCCAUUACAUCAUACUAUUGGUUUAACUAAAUCAAAUAUUUACAAAAUUGAGGAUGAAUAUCCAAUUAAUAUGAGCUCUGCGUUGAUGAAUUCAGUCCACACUAUCUUCAUAAAUUAUGAUCCAGAAACCACUAAGAAUUUAACAGAAUUACCAACCACACAAACUCAAAUUUAUGCACGUUCCUUGAUAGAAUCAUUUACCGCAGCAGCAGUUUAUGCUCGAAAAAAAUUUGGUGCAAAUGUAAAAGAAUUGCCAGAACCAGUUGUUGUGCAAUGUGUUCAGUCGGAUGGACAACAUUUCCAUUUCUCUGUAUAUCAACUCAACACAUUAAACAUUGAUGGGACGGAAGGAAUUAGAAAUUUUUGGUGGUCAGCGCCAACAAUAAAAUUAUAUGAAACUGCUCAAUAUGAAGAUGGGAUACCAUGCGUUGAAGGCUAUAAUAAUGAGGUGUUCAAAAGAUUUCUUGCAUUUUAUAAAAAUGAAUGAAAGAGAAGUUAUUAUUAAUAAACAAUAAUUACUAAAUAAAAAGUCGUUGAACUAUUUUUUAAUAAAUGUAAAAAUACU